AUGGGUGAGAGAAGCGGUGAGGUCGCUAUGGACGAUCAUCCAGCUGUACACCCAGGGGACGAGACAAGCAGCAGUGAGACAUUAGACACGGGAAGGCAGCAAAAUGAGGAAGAAAACAUUCCAUGUGAGGAAAAGUGUGAAGUAGAAUCUGACCGUCCUCCCGCACAGGGUCGAACAGAGCAGAAGGACAGACUUGCGGUGAAACGCACUGUGAAUAAACGCUUUGCGUGUACGGAGUGUGGCUAUAGGGCAGCCAAAAAGUCUGUCCUAAUCAAACACAUGAGAAAACAUACAGAGUGUGGAUACUCGGCGGCUAUCAGGUGUCGCCUAUUGGAACAUAUGAGAAUACAUACUGGCGAGAAACCUUACAAGUGUGACCAGUGUAACUAUACUUCUGCAACAAAAUACAACUUAGACCAACACAUGACCAAACACACCGGAGUAAAAACUCGCAUGUGUGGGGAGUGCGGAUUUCGAACGGCUAAUAGGUCCAACCUAUCUCGACAUAUAAGAACUCAUACGGGCGAGAAACCCUACAAAUGUGCGAAACCUUGCAAGUGUGACCAGUGCGACUAUUCCGCUGCACAGAAAUGCCACUUAGACCAACAUGUGGCUAAACACAAUUGCGAAUAA